AUGUUCGAAGUCAAUCGAACGGUGAAUUCGUCGAUCAUCGAUGGAUUCGAGGAUCUCAUCACUUAUCACAUCGUGAAUGCUUCCCUUGGUGCCAUUUCGACAAUCGUCAACACUCUUUUACUUGUCAUUUUUCUAUCGCACCGCCCAUUUCGAACAAGAUAUGUGCUUCUCAUAAUUCUAUGCGUCGGUGACUUGGUAAACAGCAUCGCCAUCGUGUUAACCGGCCUAAAUCGAAUCGAACUCUAUUCGACGUCGAUUAAAACCUUGACAAUUCCAGUCAGGACCACGAUAGAAUGCGCAUUAGAGCCAUGGCUAAUUCUCAAAUUGAUAGGCGACAUUUUGAUCCCAAUUGCAACAUUUUGGAUGGGUGUCGAGCGAUUAGUUGCCAUUCUUUUCCCGAUUUUCUAUCGUUUUUCGGUUGACGGAAAAGCCAUAAAAUACCUCGUCAUCCCAGUAAUCAGUCUCCUAUUCGUUGCCCUCGCGAUUCUUGUCGCCUUCUUCAUCGCAUUGUCCGAAAUUCAUGAAGCACCAUAUCAUUGCGGUCGGAAAGCAGCUUUUGGUGAAGGAUUCGGCACAUUCAUUUACUGUUGCAAUAUCACUUGCAACGUCAUCAGUACCAUAUUUGCCACAUUGGCAUACAUCAAAGCGGUUAAGCUCUCAAAAACUCAGCCUCGAAUGCAACGACAAGUCAACAUAAUCCGUUAUUAUCUUCUGAUCUCAGCCCUUUCUACUUUGCUCGUCUCCCUUCCGAACGCAAUUGCUCUCUUCCAACUUUAUGUUCAAAAGGUGAGCGACAAAUUGUCAAAGCCAGCAUAUUGGAUGCAAACUAUUAACUCUGGAAUCCAUUUCUUUGUUUAUUUGGCAUUGAACAAGGAAUUUCGUGCCAGGACCUUCCGUAUGUUCCACCUUAUUCAAUCGGAAGACAUGUCCAUAUCAAAGAAUCGAUCUCCCGAGGAUUGCGAAACUCCAUUGCGCGGUUCGCACAAGACCCUAACUGCGCGGGUGGUCUGA